UUCAAGUCUGAGCAUAGAUACUGCAAACUGUGCAAAGAGGUGUCAGCUAGACUGUAUCUAAACUCCUUAAAGGGCGGCUCUUUGUUAUAAAUAAAUGAUGCAAGCUGAAGGGGACAAAAACCUUGACUACAAGCUCAGAAAAUGUUCUCUUUAUGUAACAAUAGGAAUAUUGGCUGUGCUCAUUGCUUUACUGGCUGGGAUAAUCAGAGGAGGUGGUGACAUGCAUGGCCUAUCUGGUGAGCUUGUUAAGAAUAGCACUCUCUUGCAAGCAAAGCUUAACAAGGUAAGUAUGGCUCUCGAGAAACAAAGCAAGCAAGUUGAGCAACUAAAGAUUGACACUAGUACGGCUCUCGAGAAACAAAGCGAUCAAAUUGGCAAAUUAACUCUCCAAUUGAAGAAUGCAAUUGAUCGUAUUUUCAAUGUCACUGAAAACACUGAAGUAAAAGUUGAUGAUUUACUGGAAUGCUGCUCCAGUGAUAACAGCACCAAUUUGCAGAUCUUGAAGACAACGAAAGAUUUAGCUAAAACACUCAAGAACAUGACUGGUAACAUUAAAAAUAUCAGUAAUUCCACUAAUAAAGUUGUUGAUGACAUAUCAGCAAUAGCUACUGAACUACAAAGGCGGUCAUCAUCUUUGGAGGUGAAAUCUUGUGAAGACAUUAAGAGAUUGCUUCCCAGCAGCACAACCGGUUAUUAUGAUCUCGGUUACCAAACCAUAUAUUGUAACAUGGAUGAGCUCUGUGGUUCAGAAGGAGGAUGGACAAGAGUAGCAUAUCUGGAUAUGUCUAAUGCUACACAUAACUGUCCCACUGGGUUUAGACUGUACACUAUAGGAGGGAAGAGAUACUGUGGAAGACCCGAGUCUGAUGGUAGUAGCUGUACAUCAGCUAAGUUCUUUACUAAUGGUAUCAGUUAUUCACAGAUUUGUGGUAGAGUAGAGGGAUAUGCAAAAGCUAGUCCUGAUGCUUUUUUCCAUUACUUAACUGAUCGCAACAAUAUUGAUGCUUCUUACGUUGAUGGUGUCAGCAUUACACAUGGAUCCCCUCGUCAGCAUGUCUGGACUUUUAUUGCAACAGCACAAACAGAAAUAGUUGCUGGAGGUGUGUACAAUUGUCCUUGUUCUCCUGGUAACACACAAAAAGUUCCUUCAUUUGUUGGAAAAAAUUAUUAUUGUGAAGGUGGAAGUGCUGAUCCACUCUGGGAUGGUAAGGACUGUUUACCCAUAGAAACUGAUUGCUGUUCAUCACCAUACUUACCAUGGUUCUACAGGAAAUUUGACACAGCCACUACUGAUUAUAUUGAGCUGAGGGUGUGCUGUGACGAGGCCAUUCAUGAUGAAGAUGUUCCUGUUAGUUUAUAUGAAAUUUAUAUAAAAUGACAAUAGACAUUUUUGCUAAAUUUUAAAUUAAUAGUAUACAAAUUAUGCUCUAGUUUUUGGAGCCUUUUAGACAAAAAUAAUCAUAAAUUAA